GGUCGUAAUGUUCCGACUCUUAACGCCUUAACGGACGGUCCGGCAUUCCCCUAACUGCUGGAAAACGUGAAAAUCAGUAAUUUGAUCUCAAUUUCUUUAUCCAGUAUAGUUUCUCUACCGAAAAACUCAGUAUCAACUUCUUCUUUUUUAGAUUACUCUUCUAAUUAUUAUUGGUUCAUGUUGUGCUUUUGAUAACCUGAUUUGAGUCACUCGGAUUCUUUUUCAAUACCCAGUUGCUGCUUAGUUCCUACUUUGGUUUCUUCUUGCAUUUAACAUUGAUAAAUUUUUUCUUUGAUUGUACUAUGUACUUGAAAGAAGGAUGUUCAUUGCUGUUAAAAGUCCACAAAAAGUCUGUUCCUUUAAUCCUCACUGUUUAUAAACUUAAUGGUCAAAAUGGUAAAAUCCCAGUUGAGCUCAAGGAAUCUGAUGUGUUGAAGAGACUGAAAUAUGAAGAAAAUAUUUCCACUGCUUUAGAGUAUUUCAAAUGGGUUGCCAAUUCAACAUCUUUCAAGCACACCCCUUUAACAUAUAAAAUAAUGAUGGAAAAACUCGGGCAGCAGAAGGAGAUGGACAGUGUUCAAUACCUUUUACAACAGAUGAAAUUGGAGCGUAUUAGUUGUUCCGAGGAGAUAUUUAUCAAUGUGAUCGAUUCGUAUAGGAGAGCAAAGGCGCCAGAGCAAGCCUUGAAGACUUUCUAUAGGAUACAGGAUUUUGGGUGUAAGCCUACGGUCAGGAUAUAUAACCAUCUCUUGGAUGCAUUGCUCAGCGAGAAUAGGUUUCACAUGGUUAAUCCUAUUUACAGUAACAUGAAGAAAGACGGGGUUGUUCCCAAUGUGUAUACCUAUAACAUUCUUCUGAAAGCAUUGUGCAAGAACGAUAGGAUUGACGGAGCUCAGAAGUUACUUGUGGAAAUGUCAAACAGGGGGUGCUCUCCUGAUGAAGUGAGCUAUACAACAAUUGUUUCUUCCUUGUGUAAACUUGGUAAAGUAAAAGAAGCUAGAGAACUAGCGAUGAGAUUUACUCCUACUGCUCCUAUUUAUAAUGCUCUAAUAAAUGGGCUUUGUAAGAUAUAUAGUACUAAGGAGGCAGUUGAUUUGUUGGAUGAGAUGGCUGACAAGGGGGUUGAUCCUAAUGUCAUCACGUACACCACGAUUUUAAAUGCAUUUGCUGACCAAGGAGAUAUUGGUCUUUCUUUUGCCAUGUUGAGCAAGAUGUUUGUUAGUGGCUGUUCUCCAAAUAUUUGCUCAUUUACCUGUUUGAUUAAGGGAAUUUCAUUGAGGGGCAGACGGCAUGAAGCUCUUUACGUGUGGGAUGGUAUGAUCAAAGAGGGAGUUUCGCCCAACGUUGUAGCAUAUAAUGCACUUCUCCAUGGUCUGUGUUUGGCUGGUAAUAUGAAUAUGGCUCUGUCUGUUUGUAAUACGAUGGAGAGAAGUGACUGCCAUCCUAAUUCGACAACCUACAGCACCCUCAUUGAUGGCUUUGCUAAAUCUGGAGAUGUGAUUAAAGCAUCUGAGAUAUGGAAUAGGAUGAUCACUCUUGGUUGUCGUCCAAAUGUUGUGGUAUAUACAUGUAUGGUUGAUGUACUCUGCAGAAAUUUAAUGUUUGAACAAGCUUAUAGUCUUCUAGAUAACAUGGUAAUAGAAGAUUUCCCACCAAAUACCAUUACUUUUAAUAAAUUUAUUAAAGGUUUGUGUUUUAGUGGUAGAGUUGAAUGGGCAAUGGUGCUAUAUAAUCAAAUGGAAAGAUUUGGGUGCUCAGGUAAUACUGCCACAUAUAAUGAGUUGUUGGAUGGAUUAUUCAAAUGUAACAACCUUACGGUAGCACUUGAGCUUGUUAGGGAGAUGGAGGAAAACGAUAUUGAGUUUAAUUUAGUUACAUACAACACUAUAGCAUCUGGUCUCUGCCAUAUGGGGAUGCUUGAGGAAGCUGAAGAAGUUGUGGCAAAAAUGCUGGUUAGGGGAAUUAAGCCUGAUGUUCUCACGUUCAACAUACUUAUGAAUGCAUACUGUAAGGGUGGAAAGGUUGAAUCUGGAAAACAACUUCUGAAUGCUAUGAGUCCAGUGGACUUGCGUCCAGAUUUCAUAUCCUAUACUUGUCUGAUAGAUGGACUGUGCAGUUGGAUUGGUUUGGAAGCGGCAAUCUGUUGCCUUCAAAGGAUGAUAAAUGAUGGCAUUCCACCCAAGAUAUCUACGUGGAAUGUUCUAGUCCGUCAUUUGUUUAGCAAGAUUGGUUAUGGAAGUGCAGUAGAGCAUCUAGAGAGUAUAUUGGCAGCAGAUUGAAGAUUGGAAUGGUUGCACAUAAAAGCUUUACUGUGGAUAUAAAACCAGUUUAAUCAUGGAGGGUCCAUCUUCGGAACCUGCAUUGAUGAAGUGGCAUGCAUUAUGCUCUGCAGUAAAAUUGUUUAUAUCCAUUCUGUAUCGGUUGGAAGAAGUUUCAUGAGAAACCCCUACCUUUGGGGCAUCUCAAGGAGUGCAGUGCAGAACCGGGAGCCAGACACAUGAAUUUUUGCAAGAGGCCAUUAUGCAUAGAGUGAGAAGGGGUGAUUUGCUGUAAACGAACAUGUAAGCCAAAAUCUCAUAUACAACUUCAUCACUGGCAUUGGCUUAUUCAGUAACAUUACUUGUUUUUUUAUCUUUUGAUCCCUUGUCCUGUCUGGACACGUGCCUUGCAAUUCUGUUCUUAAUUGGAUAAAGCUUGAAAUAGCUGUUGGUACACGA